AUGGAGGGUGGUAAGGACAAGCAUCGUUAUCCCCCAGAGCAUUGCAGUCCAUACGGCAUUUUCAAUAGUAUAACAAAAUGCUACCUCUGCAAUGAAAGCGAUGUUGAGUCCUUCAUUUUUAACGAAGAGGGGAUACUCCUGAAUAGCGGAGAAGGGCAUAACCAUGCAGCCGCAAACGAAUGCGCAGGUGUACCAAAAGGUGAACACAUUUGUGACGAUUUUUUAUGCAAAGGGAACUUUGAAGAGAGUGUAAAUAUCAAUCAUGCAGAUCGAAGAAGUGCUUCUACAUUAGCAAAGAGGGGGAAAGGAACGCGCAAAGAUGAUACUAAUCUGCUUGACGUUAAAAAUGGAAUAAGUGGAUAUGCCUACCUGGGAGAAAGAACAUCACAUGUGUUGCAAACGAAUGGCCCCUUUUGUCGGAGCGUAGUUUAUACGUCAAAGGAGAGGCCAACGAAUAGGACAUACAUUCCAAGGGUAAACUCUGAUGAGAAAAUAAAACCACACGACCAUUACGUUUAUGUUGAGGAAUGUCACCUACAGAGGGAAACGAGAGAGAGCAUUACAAAAGGAGAACCACGUAGCACGCGAAGUACUUUUAAUACUUCUCUGAGUGAAGAUAAACCGUUUAACUACCCACGUAAGAAGGACCAUCUCGAAAGGGUAGACAAUACGAGCAGCAUAUAUCACCCCGACGAUGAGCACACCUAUGUCUAUGAUAACCUAACAGCGCAUAACGGCGCAAAAGAUGAGUUAACACUGAAAAAAAUAAAAACAACGAUCCACCUUGGUGAUAAGUUAAAGGAUGUUUCUAAAUCUGAAUAUUUGGCGAAGUAUUUAGGCCCCUUUCCCAGCGCUGAAAUUGAAGAACACAAUGCAGCGUCACCAUCCGUGGAGGAUAAGCAACUGACUAGGCAUAAAGAGUCAAACAGUAAUAACCACGAAAUGUGGGGCACCUGUACAGAUGGAAUAGCAACGCCGAAAGGAUGCAAGGAGGAAAGUUGUUCUAUGAUUCAUAUUACCACAGAAGGGACAAAUGUAGUACCACACCUCGUUGACAACUUUAGUCAAACUGUUGGAAAGAAAAAAAAAAUUGCAAAAAUGAAGAGGAGGCUAAAAAUUGGUCUAAAAGGAAGAAGAAGGAAAAAAACUAAGAAUGCCCUUUUGAAGAAAAAGCCAUGCAAUGGGAACAAACUUCGUGUUAGUAGAACAAAAAAAAUGAAAGUUACCUACUCGAGAAAGAGAAUCCCAAUGGGUAAAGAAAAAAAGGGCUAUGCACAUAGGGGGAAUAAUAAAAGGAAUAAGUUGAGCUCGAAAAAUGCGAAGGAGUGUGCUCCAUGCAAACUUCCACUUGGGAAGGGAGACAAAAAGGCUCCAUCAGAUAUGAGAAAUGGGGGGAAUGAGCACUUGGCUCAACGCAUUUAUUCCAAGCUGCAGGGAAGGCAUCCGAAAAAUAAGCGAAGGGAGAGUAAGCCCCUGGCUCUGAGCCAGACAAAGGUGGCUAACAGAAAAUCACACACAAAUAGGGAAAAAAUAAAAAAGGGUAAAGAAGUGAAAAGAGACAAAAAGGUCCAAGAAGUAGCGAAAAAUAGUAUACAGAUGGACGAAUCUAAAAAUUUGACAAUCCAAAAUCGUAUGCAAAGGGAUGAUGUUGAAGAGGCGUCCAUCCUAAAUGGCGAAGUGAAUUCAGAUGAGGUAAACAUCGUACCGGGAAGAGAUUCAGACAGUUUUCCUGCCCCUAAAAUGGCCACCAAAAGUGUUGGGAGUGGCUCCUGCCACUUUUGCCUGAGUGAUGAUGUGAGUAACUCCUCCUACAGAUCGCUCCUUGAGGACACCCACAGUGUGGAGCGUUUAAAGAUCACGGAAUGUUCUGACCGCACAGAUGGGGUGCCCCGCAGCGGUGAGACGGAAGAAGAAGAAGCAGCAGAAGUGACGUCCAUAUGUGGAGGCGAAUACACCACCGCCGACGAAAAUGAAGAGAGAUUGACAUUCGCAGUUCUGAGGAAGGUUGCCAACUUUUUGGGCGGCGGAAGUGGAGACGAACAAUCAGGUGAAACGGUAGAAGAUGCAACAAAAAGUUUUAACGUAGACAGGGAUGGACAGAGGGUAGACCAAUUGGUAAGCAAUCCCCAAAUUGAUGAACCUCAGGAGGGUGGUCUUUUUUGCGAAAUGGUGACAAGCACAAGAGGGGUAAGAGGCAGGGGAGUGGUAAGAAGUACAAGCGAUGAUUCCUUUUUCGAAAAAGCGAUUCUCAACAGAGACGCGGAGAGCUCAAUUCUAAUCGACACGUGCGCGUAUAGGCAAUCUUGCCAGACGGACAAAAACCUGUUCCUGCUUCACUCGAACAUGUUGAAGCAGCGCUCCUUCUUCCAUCAACAUGGGACACUCAAGAAGGAAGUGAGGUACAUUCUAAACUGCUUAACAUUUUAUUGUAACAAAUUGAAGAAUGUACUCAACUAUGCCAUAGGGAGGAGAAGUCCAAAUGGGGGUGCCUUACAGGCUAAGCUUUUUACCCUCUGCUUGAUCAAUUUAGCGGAGAAGGCAAAGGGGAGUGCAAACCCUUCUGCAUGUCUUAAAACUGUUUCAACGUUAAUGAACGAAUUGGUGGAGCGGGUUCGCUACGGUGUGUUGAGUCUCUCCAAAAAUGGGGAAGUUACCAAAUUUGAGCAGGUGAUUAUGAAAACAUACCUCAUAGAGUUGAUCAAAAUGGGCAGGUUGUUGUUAACAUCACUGGGGGGGGUGAAAAAUAGAUCUCCUUUACCCUCCCGAGGGGAAAAAUCACCACACAAAUUGGAAGCAUCAGCUGGGGGGGAAGUACCCAAAAUGAGCAAAUUGAAGGCCUCGCGUGGGAAGCAACUCGUUCGUAAUGCGGAAGACAGCAGGGUGUUCGAACCACCCGGUAAUGGUAAUGGUAAUGGUAACGGUGAUGGUGAUGGUGACGAAAACGCCACCGACCGCGUGAAGGGAAAAGGGUCAGGUGUUAUGGCGGUGGCCAAUUCUAUCGUUGGGGAUAUAAACCAGAUGAGCAAACUGACCAACGAGGCUGCGGCUUCCCAGAGGGACCACCCUAGCCACUGUGACGUUUACAAGCUGAUGAAGGGGCUGAAAAAAAAAUUGCUCCUCCUAGAACAGAACAGCCAAAGCAACUUUUGCAGCGUAAGGCUAAUGCUGAAAUAUCUGGACAAGCUGAGCUACGUUUAUAGAGUCAACUCCGCGCUGAGGGUUGACCCCGAAGGGGGGAAGUCCCAGGGUGGGAACACGGCCAACCAAGUGGCUAACCAACUGGACGACCAAAUUAGCCACGCCGUACGAACUAUGGAGGGGAAAAUAUCCGCCUGGACGAGGGGGAGCGAAGUCAUUUGCGAUAUACCGACUUUAUAUUCCAUAAAAAGUGUGCAGAAAAAAAUGGAGAAAAACGUCUUUGCCUUUUUUGAGCACUUAUCAGGGAAGGCUUCCCAUGGGAGGAGGCCCACUGGCGUUUCUCCCAGAGUGGCUACACAAAACGGGAGUGUGCAGCUAGAAGGGGGGAAAAUGGCACACGUUGAAAUGAACGGUGUGAAAAACAAAUGUCAUGGUAAGCAAAAGAGAGGUAUACACAACGUUGGAGAGAAAAAAACGUUCGCGGAUAACCCCGUGCGUAGCUUUCACGACGAAACGGAGCACCUAGAACGGCUGAAUGAAUGCCUAACGGAGGUUAUACUGAUCAAGGAGGAGCUAAUGACAAACCCGAAUGGUCACUACGCCAUGUUGAAGGAGUACAAAGAAGAGUUGUCCCUAUUGAAUGACCUUCGAAAUGGAGAAAAUGAUCUAGUGAAUGAUUUUUUAGACCACAUGCCCAGCUCGAAUUUCACUCAAAUGUUAGGGGCGUAUGUUAGGGGAGGGAAUUCACGUGGGGGGCACUCGGGGUGGGGUCUAGCCCCCCUUCGGGCUACCCAACAGGUACCUGCCUUUUUCGAGGAACGGAAUGAAAAAAAGGGAAGCGGCCUUCCACUAGAAGAAAAUUCAUACGUAGACAUCCCUCCACAGCUGAGUAAUGAAGAAUGUCUUGACCACCAAAAUGGGUGCUCUGGUUGUCCUCCACACGAUGGGAAAAUGUUGGAGGACGCCCUUCCUCUAAGCGAGCCUUUCGAGCUACACCAUGAAGGAGAACCGUCCAGGGGGAAUUCCCUCCAAUUGAACUUCCCCCAUGGGAGUACCAACAGUGUGAAAUAUUUUAAAAUAUACUAA